UGCAAGGAGGCAGAAGCACCUAAAGGAGCUGGAGGACUAUCUGCAGUUUAUGCAGCUGUUUUUGAGACUACUGUACCUACCAUUGCUGAUGUAAAUCUGGACAUUGGCACGGUUGCUUCAUCUACAGGACAAAGUCUGAAGGAUAUGAUAGUUAAAGCACUGAGCAAAAAGGCAUCACUUCUUGAUCUUAAUUCACUGACAUUUGAGACAGGCAAAGACCAGUCUACAACCAGAAUGCCUGUCCCUGAGGUUUCUGAAGAAAUUAUAACUGAGUCCUUUGAUCAAGAUUCAUAUGGUGACCUCAGUUUUCCAACAAGUGGACCAAAGAUUGAAGUUCAUAUUUCAUCAGGUGGAGAUGAGAAUGUUUUGGAGACCAUUAUAGACCAAACUUCGGACACAGACAGCACCACAACAACAAAAUCAGAAUCAGAAACAGCUGAACCUGAGAGUGAUGCAGUCAUUAUACACCAGAUUGAAACUAUUAAAGGGGAAACUGGUGAACUUAUAACAGAAAAUUUUCAAGUUCCACCAGUAGAGGAAGACAGCAAACCAGUUGUUAUUGCUGAAAAAGACAACAAUUUGUCUUCAACAUCUUCAUCUGACACCUCAGCAUUACCAUCGAGCGAAGAACAGCCUAGAACUACAGAGAAACCUACAGCAGAUGGUGACUUUAAUUUAAACACUAUACCAGAAGAUGACAUCAUAUUUAACCCAGUAACCACUGUCCACAUUUUGUUCACCACUGCAACAACUGUUAGUCCUAGGUCUGAACAACCGAAGUUGGCUGUCACAACCGACUUUAGCAUCACCCUGCAACCUUCAACUGAACCAAUUGAUCCAAUUACUGAAGUGACACAUUCUAAUGAAAUUCCAGAGGUGCCUCAACCAGUGGAUCCUGGAAUAGUAGUAAAGGAAGAAGAAGAAGUGGUGAUGGCUGAACCAGAUGAAGAGACUAAGCCUGAAGUUGAUUUAUCUAAUGUAAAGGUUGUGACAACAGAAACUGUAGAAGUACCUGGACAUGAGAAUGAUACUGACGUAACUGAAGAUACUGUUGUUUUAGAAGAUCAGGUAUUACGACCUGAAGAAGUGACUAUAGUAACAGAAACUCAUGCUGAGUAUGGCACAUUAGAGCCUGUGGGAACAGUUGUGCUACCAGAAACAGAGGAUGAGUUUGGAAAAUCAACUAAACAGGAUGAAGUAGCCGAACCUGAGGAAAAGGUUUUAGAGCCAGAACCAGAGGUCAUUUUAGAAUCAAAAGAAGAUGUUCAGGAACAUAAAUCUGAUGAGGAUAUUAAAGUGAAACAUGAGGAUGAUGUUCAGGCAACCAAAAAGUCAGGAACUGAGACAGUACAACCUAAGGAGGAAGAGGGUGAGGUGGUGGAACCUGAAAGAGAAGCCGAUGAAUCAGAACCUGCUGAUGUUGUAGAAUAUGAAGGCAGCAUCAAAAUUGAACAGGCUGCUGUAGAGAUCACAAGUCAAGUUCCCAAAACUACUGAAGGUUCAGCCAAACCUCCUGCAGAGAUGAUUAAGAUUAAACCACCAGAAACUUCUGUCACAGAAACUUACCUUGUAGAGAAUAUUGACUAUUACCAGCCUGAAGAAGGUCAUAAUUUGCUAUUUGUGCCAGUUACCAGUGUCCAGCUAGGUAAACCUGAACAUGUGGAAGACUUUGAGGACCAACUCUCCAAUCCUAAGAUUAUUGAGGGAGUUCUUGAGAUACCAGAUCUGGUUACAGAGGACAACACCACAGAACCAGAUGUCGCUAUUAUUUUCCCUACUAUAUCAAUGGCCUCAGAAUCUCUACCUGAAAUGAUCACAGAAUCAGCUUUGAAGAGAGAUGAGGACCUUCCAUCUGUUGUGGGAGAUACUGAGGAGCCACAACUCACACAGAUGGAGGAAGACACUCUGACAGAAGAUCUCCUUAUGGAACAAGAAGAAGAGACUGCUUCACAACCCAUAGAGACACUCGCAACUGAUCAGUCUUUGACAACUACACCUGCAGACCUUGACCUUUUUGAAGUAGUCCUAACAGAUGUAUCAGAUGUUACACCAACAUCUUUGAAAAAGGAUUAUGUUUCACCAACUGAAAAAGUACAAUCAACUGUUGUCCAGGACUUACCAUCUACUAUUGGAGAUAAUGAGGAGCCACAGCUCACACAGAUGGAGCAAGACACUCUGACAGAAGGUGUCCUUGUAAAACAAGAGGAAGCGACUGCAACACUACCCAUGGAGACACCUGCACCUAUGACAACUUCACCUGCAGACCUUGAACUGUUUGAAGUAGUCCUAACAGAUGUAUCAGUCAUUACGCCAACAUCUUUGGAAAAGGAUUAUGAUUCGCCAACUGAAACCGUACAAUGGACUGCUGGCCAGGAUGUUAAUUUUACGAAGACAGAAAAUGACAAAGUGCUGAAUGUGGGAACUGAGGAAGUAGUCCUAACAGAUGUAUCAGUCAUUACUCCAACAUCUUUGGAAAUGGAUUACGGUUCACCAACUGAAAAAGUACAAUCAACUGUUGUCCAGGACAUUGAAUUUGAGUCAGAAAAUGAGAAAGCGCCGAAUGUGAAAACUAAAGACCCAUUUAUUCAUUUAAAAGAGUUAGAUCAAAUAGAUGUAGUAAGUACUGAGACCAUCGAUCUCUUGAGUUAUGACAGUGGAUACUCUUUUCCAAAUGAAAGAUAUCCCUUGGAGACUACAAAAGCACCAGCGCUGAAGUAUUUCAUAACUCCUUCAAUGACCACAGCUAGCAAAGGCAAAGAACUAGUUGUGUUUUUCAGUUUGCGUGUCACAAACAUGAUGUUCUCUGAAGAUCUUUUCAAUAGGAGCUCCGCAGAAUACAGAUCACUGGAAAACAAAUUUGUUGAAUUGCUACUCCCAUAUCUACAGUCUAACCUAACAGGCUUUACAAAGUUAGAGAUCCUAAACUUCAGAAACGGAAGUGUGGUGGUCAAUAGCAAGGCAAAAUUUGCCAAGUCUGUGCCGUACAACAUUACUCAGGCUGUCCAGCAUGUCUUGGAAGAGUUUUGUGAUGCUGCAGCCCAGCAUUUGGACAUUAAGAUUGACAGCCAUUCCCUAGACAUAGAACCAGCUGAUCAAGGUGACCCUUGCAAGUUUCUUGCCUGCAACGAGUUUUCCAAAUGUGUGGUGAAUCUCUGGACAAAGGAAGCGCAAUGUUUAUGUGACCCAGGCUACGUGACGGUGGAUGGACUGCCAUGUCAGAGCCUCUGUGUGGUCCAGCCUGAUUUCUGUCUCAAUGGAGGAGAGUGUGAGAUUGUACCAGGGCAUGGUGCCGCUUGCAGAUGUCCUGUAGGUAAAUUCUGGCAAUUUAUCGGGGAGAGAUGUGCAGAGCUGGUCUCCGUGACUCUAGACCCCUUUCUUUCCCUAGUGUGCCUCGUGGGGGUGCUCACCUCUCUUUAUGCCAUCAUUUCUCUCUUGUUAUCUAUGUGCAGGAAAUGUGUACGGAGCAGAAAGACACUAACUCUAGUAGGCAGAGCCCAGACCACCAUACCAGGCCUGACGAGUUAAUCACAGAAGAUUCACACAUUAUAAUCACCGGCACUUAGAGGUGAGACGUCACGUCAUGCUGUCUUCCAGCCAUUAACAGAUGCUGAAAAAGACUUCCCAUGAUCCACAACUCACGAAGGCUGUAGAACGAGUGGCCAAACAUCCUGAACAGAUGGAGAGCCAAGCUCAACUGCUAUUGGUUGCAUUUCCUGUCCUUCUCAGGAGAACAUUAAGAAAUGAGCUGCACUUCAGGUUCAGUGUUUUCACAGUGGGUUUCCUCACAAUGAGGAACGUAUUCUUCUGUUUGAUCACAAUGAAUACACAGGUUUCACAUGGUUAAAAUCUUCUCAUAGUAUGGAACAUCAUUUGUUUUGGUGUAUAAUAAUUAUAAAUUCUCACACAUGCAUAUUGAUUUAUUUAAUUUUUUUUGGAAAUAUUCAUAUAUUUUAAUGUU